GAUCUUAAUAUCUUGUCUGCCAGAGAGCUACUAUUUUGUGGUGACUUGAUUUUUGUCAUCUCUCUGACAGAGGAUUUGGCAUCUGCUGUGGUGGAGUAUGCAUGCUUGACAAAGCAAGUUUAGCAGAUGUGCCUUUGAUAGGUGCUUUCUUGUUCCUGGGUUUUCAAGUACUGUUAGGAAUAAUUCACUGAAUUUAGCAGCCAAUGAUUUUUAUUACACACAAUCUCUCUUGCAGCUAUUGUCAUCAUGGAAAUGAAUAUCAUGUACAUUAUUGAGCUUAUUGCUUCAAUACCUAAUAAUUUUCCAAAUAAUCCUUGCUUUGUUCAUGAAAUUUUGAUUUUUUUCCUCCAUUGUUCUUGGUUUUUGUCUUUUUGCCACCCACUCCAGCUCCUCCGGUGGUAAAUUCUGCAACAUGAAAGGCAGUGCAACAUAUGAAAUAACACAUGUUGUUGCAACAGGUGCAGCAACCCUUUAUUUCAUGACCAUUGCCAGAUAACAAAAUGAGGUUUUUCAGAAAUGAUGGUACACACAGGUUAUGUAAUUUUCUUAGCAACAGAAAUAUUUAUACAAGUAGGUUUUUUUUUUAAAUGGAAUGGUAUACUUUUUAAUGGCAUUCAAACGCUGUUUAAAAUAUGGGUACAGCAUUACAGUGCUUGUUAUAUCUGGGAUUUAAUCCUUUCACAAAAAGACUCAGAUGGUGUUCUACAACUAAAAGCCACAGCAGCUAGCAUCAGCUACUGUCAGCAACAAGGUAGAGUUACACUACUAAGGUCACAUCACCAUCAGCAACACCAAAAUCAACAGCAACAACGUGGGAACAUUCCAGGGAUCCCCAAUAAUGGUGUAGGUGUCUCCUCUGGGGCUGCCAACAAAGCCAAAGCCCGCCAGGGAAAGCUGGUGCGGCUGAACAUCAAUGCACGUGAGCGACGGCGGAUGCAUGAUCUUAAUGAUGCCUUGGAUGAACUUCGUAGUGUCAUCCCCUAUGCACAUUCACCAUCAGUCCGGAAGCUGUCCAAGAUAGCCACUCUACUAUUGGCUAAAAACUAUAUACUAAUGCAGGCAAAUGCCCUUGAUGAGCUUCGACGGCUGGUGGCAUGGCUUCAGGCUCAGGCUGGGAGCCUGUAUGAGCUGCCUCCUGGAUUCCCUACAACACCCACUGACAACAAACUGCAGAGGCAAGCAGCAGCAGCUGCCGCUGCUGCAGCUGCCGUCUCUACCUCAUCAGGUUCACCUGCUCCUAGACCAGCAGUCAGUGGAUAGGACCCAAUAUAAGUGGAUCUGAGUGGACUCAUAGGUGGUGCACAGUACUUUCUUUUUGGAUUCAAGGCUCAUACAAUGGACAAUUUGAAUUUAGUGUAAUGUUGGCAAAUAGCAGUGAUAGCUGUAUGAUGAAGUACCAUUGUAAGUGGCCCCAGGAAAUGGUGCUCUCAAUAGAAUUUUUAAAACUGUGGAAAUGGAAUACAUCUAGGAGGCAAUAAAAUAGUGGUAGGUAUAUUUUUAUUAGGAAGUGUUCAGUUGAUACACUCAUAUUUUGCUGAAGCCUACGUGGGACAUCAUUUAAAUCUGAUAACUUUGUAGGAGUGAAGAAUGGGACAGCUAUUUUUGUGUUAUCACUCUGAUGAAUCCACAACUGUGCUCAGAAAAUUCUGAAAGCAGUAUUUUCAAUCUAUAAGCUGGUAGUGUAUUACUAUGAUAAUUUCUAAAAGUACUGUCAGGGCACUGGCUGUGACUUUGUCGCACAUGUUUUAGAUAAGAUGUAAAUAUUUAGUACCUACUCAAUUGCAGUAUUCUAUACAAUGUAAUGCUCUGCUUAAGUCUUUGUAACUGCCUGGCACUGUCAUGAAUGUACCUGGUACAGUAAACAUUGCAAAAAUAUAGCCAGAAUAUA